AUGUUCUCGACCUUUACAGGCAACUCCCGGCGGCCGAGAAACGUCAACCUGAGCGGCCAAGCCAGCAACCCGUUCUCCAACACAUCAUGGAGCCCCUCGGCCGUUUCGAACGCUACAAAGACUGUGUCGGAUGCACAGGCCGAAAGGGAGAAGCGACAGGCGGAACGGCGGCGCUUGAAGGCCGCAUCGCAGAUACAGAGAACAUGGCGAGGGUAUAGAUCGCGGGCUAUACUGAGGGACCAGCAUCGGCGUGACUUCGACCUCGUCUACGGAUCCCGACCGGACCUCGAUGCUUCUCAGAGGCUAUCGACUUCUUUUCCUCUGCUUCUUUCUUUCUUCUCUCCCCACCGAGUCGACGACCUACAGCGUCUACUUCUAUUCGUCAACGACUGUAAUAACACCUCCCUUCAGCAGCUCUUCGAUGCCAGUCGUCAUCCUUCACGCCUUCGCAAGUUAAUGAAGGUUUUGGUGAAAUCCUUGGGUGUUUUAGUUUCCAGAGACGAUACGGCGGUGGAAACAGGGAAUCUUCUUGCGCUGAUCAACCGGUUGGCUGCCACCUCGCCCUCUGCUAUACUUGAAUCGAUCGACGAAUACUAUACGGGCUUGGCUAAGCUCUGCCAAUCGAAACAUGGCCCAGAAUGGGUGCAAGUUCUCCUCGAGUCACUCGCAGCACCAUUAGAAUCCGAUGCCUAUAGGGCACUUGCGCUCCGAUUCCUGUCAACGGAGAACCUCCAUCUUUUCGAGAAGAACAUCGACCGAGUGGCCCAGAUCAUCAACACAGAGAAGCUCGCGGUCGAGAUUCUCAAAGCGUACAGCGAAAAAUCAGAUGCUUUGCCAGAAAAGGACCGCCUCUUCUGGCUUCUGGCUCAUUUCAUAGAUCUGAGUAGAGCACAGAAGGGUUCAACGCGGAACCUGGUGCAUCUGACUGCCACUUUCACACAGUUAUCCGCCUUGUCUUCUGAUAUCAGUAUGCGAAUAAGCACACAGCCGUCUUCCGAGCAACCCGACGACGUGGCUACCGACUCUCUUGUAUUUGCCUCAUCGUCAUAUAUCUCCACCCAGUUAUUGCGGCUGGUUGACAGUAAUGGGAUUUCCAACCUCCUGCACGACUUCUCCAUGAGCCUGGCGCAGUCUUCAGGCCAAGAAUUAGAAGGCAGUGAGCUCCUUGCUGGCUACAUACUGGCUUUGCUUCAAAGCUUUCCGAGCAGAGCAGAUGACACCCGCAUGAGGCUAUUUCUCGAGGAGAUCCCUACUGCAGAAGGGAAUACUCCCAUUGUCAAGUUUUUGUGGCAGAUGAUGACCAAGACCUCGGUGUUUCAGAAACUAAGAACAGAAUCUGAAAGGCCGGCGAAGAUCCUUCACAGGUAUUUCUAUGAAACUUCAUCUCAGCCAUCGGUGCACGCGGAAGAGCAAGAAUGGAGGAUAAUCCUCUUGUUCUUGGAGCUUUACACAUUCAUUCUCAGAAUCAGCGACGAUGAAGACUUUUUGAGCGGCAUAUAUCCCCAGGUAAUGAGCAGCGACGUGCCACAAUCACGCACUCGCUCAUGCAGCUUGGCGUUAAAGGAUGUCGAAGCGCUCAUCACAUUCCUCAAGAAUACUUCAUUCACUCUGCAUUACAGUGUCCAGGAGAUAACCCAGACUCGAUCGACCGUCGACGCUUCAACACAAGCCCGGUUGGACUCCUAUUGGGGCGAUUCAUCGAAGAACCAGGGCGGAUCCAAAGAAUCCAGCAAAACCUCGACAUCAAGAGUCUCUACGAAGCUCGAUCUAGAGAGCCUUCGCGCCAUCAUUACCACAGCGCUGAAGAUGCUGUACGAAAGGGACUCGAGGAAGCAUUUCUUACCGGUGGACCACUGGCUUAUGACAAGCAAGCUGGAGAAGGAAGACUUCAUCGGGGCUGUCAUAGCGGAAGAGGAGAGGCAGAUCCAAGAACAGGCCGAUGGUAGCGACGCCGAAGAAGAUGAAGACGCAGACGCUUCAUACGCUGACGGUUUCGGGAUGCAUUCAAGUUUCGCCGCGCAACGGCUUUCUCGCAAUGUUAGACUGGAAAGGAUCAAAGCGAACCAGAUACGCGCCCAAAGGGAACGACGACUCGCCGAGAUGGGUCCCAAGCUCGAACUGCUAAAGCACAUCCCAUUCGUUGUUCCAUUUGAGACGCGAGUAAUGAUUUUUCGGCAAUUCAUCUACCUCGACAGGCUUCGUAGGGGUGGAAACCAUGGGAUGAUGAUGCCCCCUAUGGGACGGCAUCACGCAAAGAUUCGCCGUGGCCAGUUAUUUGACGAUGCCUAUGAGCAGUUCUACCAACUGGGAGAUGGCCUGAAAGACCCGAUUCAAAUCACCUUUGUGGACCAGUUUGGCACGGCCGAGGCAGGUAUCGACGGCGGUGGAGUUACAAAAGAGUUUCUCACCAGUGUUACGGCAGAGGCUUUUGGAAACGAGCACGGAGGGGUAGGCAUGUUCACGCGUAGUCGCAAAGAACUGCUGUAUCCCAACCCAACGGCCCUGGACGUGCUUCGCGAGUCGCUGCGGAAGCAAGGGCUGGUGGAAACUGAUCCAGAGUGGAGAGAGGCGGUGUCCGAUCUGCUGAGGCGCUAUGAAUUCCUUGGCCGCAUCGUGGGUAAGUGCAUGUAUGAGGGAAUCCUCGUCGACCUUGCCUUUGCCGGGUUCUUCCUCUUGAAAUGGCCAUCGCCCAGUCGAAAGGAGGAGAACAGCUACAAGGGCAGUGUCAACGACCUUCAAGACAUGGACGAGGAGCUAUACAAUGGUCUCCUCCGCCUCAAGAAUUAUCCCGGAGAUGUCUCCGAGCUGGGGCUCGACUUUACCGUAACGGACCAGAUCUCGGCUCCGGGUGAGCCAGUCAAGACUGUCACCAGAAAGCUGGUGCCCAACGGCGAUGAGAUACCGGUGACAAACGACAACCGCCUGCUGUACAUAUCAUACGCAGCUCGCCAUCGCCUGGUUGUGCAGCCAGCCCCUCAGACCAGUGCUUUCUUGCGCGGACUCCGCGAGAUUAUCCGGCCGUCCUGGCUCUCCAUGUUCAACCAGUCUGAGCUGCAGCGCCUGGUUGGCGGCGACUCGAUGGCGAUUGACGUUGAGGACCUCCGCCGGAACACGGUCUACAGCGGCCUCUACGCCAUUGGCGAUGAUGGGGAAGAACACCCGACGAUCAAGAUGUUCUGGAAUGUCAUGAGGGGCUUCACGGACGCCCAGAGGCGUGACGUUCUCAAGUACGUUACGUCAACUCCAAGAGCACCGCUGCUUGGCUUCUCGCAGCUGAAUCCAAAAUUUGCCAUUCGAGAUGGCAGCUCGGACCAAGAGCGGCUACCGAGCACGAGCACAUGUGUCAACUUGUUGAAGUUACCAAUCUACAAGUCGGAGGAGACUUUACGCAAGAAGUUACUCUACGCGAUCCAGUCGGGGGCCGGAUUCGAUUUGAGUUAG